AUAUUUGGAUUAAUAACACAUUCAGAUGCGGGAAAAAGUGGUCAUGACCAACAUAAACAAGGCCAAUCUGGACAAGGCAAACAUGAACGAAUCCACCCUGGACAAGGCAAAAUUGAACAAGGCCAAUCUGGACAUGGCAAACAAAAACAAAACCAAUCUGGACUAGGAAAACAUGAACAAGGCCAUUCUGAACACGACAAACAUGAACAAGGCCAACAAUAUAACAAGACCAACAACAAAGCUAAACUUGAAAACGAAAUAAAAAAAAGUCUUCUAUCUUUUGAUAUUCAGAUUAACAAAGACAAACAAAAUAAAAUUGGUGCAGAUAAGGAAAAAAUAGUUGGAAUGGAUCCAGAAACAAAACAAUCAACGGACCAAGAUGUUAGCGACCAAGAAACACAACGAAGAGACAAAGUUUUUAAACAAUUAACCGAACAAAUUCAACCUUUCCUUGCAAUUGUUGGCAAAUUAAAACCCUGUGUUGGCAUAGAACCUCGUGAGUUAGGAGACCCACAAAAUGCGCAAGAAAUUAAAAAUGUUGAAGGCCAAUAUGAGCAUCUGGUUAAUGCAUAUAAUGAAACUGUAGAGGGUUAUAAAUACAUUAAAGACAUGACAAAAGGCGGAAAGAAACAUUCGGUAAAUUUUUUUUGGAAAAGGUUUAGUUUUUUCAAACCGAGAUUUGUAAAACCCGAGUAUUGAAUAAAUUAGGGAUGAAAUGAUU